AUGGGUCGGGGGAAUAUGAAUUGUGCUGAUAUCUGUGCCCACGCUUUAGCCAGCAACGGAGCAACUUGGGCAUUUGGGGGGGGAGUACCGAUGGGCAGUCAAGGCUUAGGGAAUCCUCGUGCGAACAAUGGGCCCAUGACGAGUUUUGCUCAAACAAUCGGUGGCUCGUCCCAACCAGCAACGCCUCUGGACCUCUCCGAGUUUCCUUCAUUAUCAAACAACCAACCUCAACCAAGUCAGUCCACUUGGGCGGCGUCAGGAAGCCGCAACAUCGGACCAUCGACAAACAUGCGGAUACCACAAUCGUCACUCUCCGCUCAGCAGCAAUUAAACGCUCAGCAGCAGACACAACAACAGCAAGAUGACCUUUUCAACUCCUCUUCCCAACUGCCCAGUAGCCAGGGAGCGUUUCGGUUUGGCAGCCAGAAUGCCGUUGGGCAGGCCUCCCAAUCAAGCACCGUUGAGGAGUUUCCCCCCCUUAACCGUAAUGUGAAUGGGGACAUUGGCCAGGAUCGAAACUCAAACUUGAUUCAAAACGUAUCUUUUGGCGCGCAGGGGAAUAACUUAGGAUUCGGCUCUACAAACCCCCCACAGCCCAAUCGGAAUAAUGGUCUCCUGAACGCGUUAUCAGGAACUAACCGUGCUCCUCCUGGGAAUCGUAUUCCGUCUCCUACGAGCAUAUCGGGUGUAUCAAAUUCGAGAUCGACAGUAGAGAAAAGCCGGCAAGGAUUGAGUGGUGAGAGCGGAGGCGCCUUUUCAAAUGCACAAUUUGCAGCUUCGACAACACGGGAAGAAUCUGCGUCGCACCCCAACAUGAACGUACGAGCAAACUCACGGUCAGAUGCCGUGCAGCAGCCAGAUGUGUCGGCGCCGCGAUCGCAGGCGCUUGAUUCUGGGGACGCAGAAGAGCCUGGACCAGAAGUUCAGGAUCCCUUGGCGCAUAUGAGCGAGGUUGACAAGUGGGGUCUCAAAGGGUGGUCUUACCUGAUGAACAACUUCCCAGACUACGCUGCUCUUGUCAGUGGUUCGGAUAUCACGAACCUUGGCUUUGACCUUAACUCCUCUGAGCCUUUCUCAACUCAAAUCUAUUCUCUGUGGGACAAUGAGCCAAGUCGACCGGCCAUUCCACGUUUCACCCUUCCUGAGUGUUACCGCGUUCAUAAUGUCGCACCGUUAGAAAGCAAGAUACAGAACUUCAAUGAUGAGGCUUUAAUAUUUAUGUUCUACAGCAAUCCGGGGGAUAUUCAACAAAUAAUGGCAGCCCAAGAACUCCAUACUCGCAAUUGGCGUUACCAUAAGAAGCUGCAGCAGUGGUUGACCAAAGAUGAGAUGAUGGUCCCUCAGGCACUCGGAAAUGGCACGGAGCGGGGGUAUUAUAUCUUCUUUGACAUCAAACAGUGGCAACGAGAGCGCCGAGAACUAACUUUGGUUUACGAUGAUCUCGAGAGCCUUCCAAGCGGUGCUCGUGGUCCGCUUGCAUAA